UUUCUGUGAUUUUCGGUCUGCACAGUCGAUUUUGCUCUUCGAAGACUCGAUCUUUGUCUUCACUCUCUUCAACCUCUCGUUUUUGAGCACAACCAUCUUGGACUCAGAGGGUACUCUCUCUCAUCUUCUUCUUCAUCUCUCUCUCUUUCUCUCUCUCUCUCGUAGCUCCUCUGAAUCUCUCCUCCUGGACAGCGUGAAAAAGGAAAAAUCACAGAAUCAAGACGGAAGGAUCGAGGUUCUUUUGGGAAUUUCAUUCUGAUUUGCCUUUUGCCUUUAAUUGGGAGAAGUGUACAGACCUAUCUGUUUCCUCUGAGCCUUGAACUUGCUGAGGAGCUCUCGAUCUCCCACUCUACCUUUUGAUGUUGAUUUGUUUCUUCGUAUUGCAGAACCAUGGAAUAAAAAGUCAAUCUCCAGACAACAGGCUCACUUGCUUUGGGCAACAAAACCUAUCAUUUUGAUAACAUGGCACCCCCUCCUUACUAAAAGCCAAUGGAAUCCAUUAGCACCAUUUAGUAUUUUGAGAUACCUGAAGGUCAAGUGGAGCAUACCAUUCACAGGAACCUGCCACCUUUUGUUAUUUACUCAAGUGAUAAUUGCAACUUGUUUCUUCGGCCAGAUGCUGCUGUCAGUCUGUGUUCAAGUCAUUAUCUUUAUAUGCAACUUGAAGGUUUUCUGAGGAGUACAUUUAGUCUUAGUUUCUGAUGCUGCUGAAGUAAUAAGUGGACUUUGAAUCUUGCUUGUCAAAGAGGAAGAUGUUGGAAGGGGGGCCAAAAUUUCCUGGAAUUAUUGGCCAAAACAGUCAUGAUAACAAUUAUGAUGAUUUAUCACAAGGUUUCUAUCAUAAACUUGGUGAGAAUUCAAAUAUGUCUAUUGACAGUUAUGGUAGCUUGCAAACAAGCAAUGGUGGAAGGUCUGUUGCAAUGUCCAUAGAAAGUAUCGGGUCAAAUGAUUCUCACACUCGCAUUUUGAAUCACCAAGGAUUGCGGCGGCAUGCUGAUGAUAACUACUCCGUUCAACAGAGUGUUAACCGUAAUGGAAGAGUUGCACAUGCUUUGAAUGAUGAUGCACUAGCCCGUGCACUAAUGGAUAGCAAUUCCCCCACAGAGGGCCUUGAAAAUUUUGAUGAGUGGACCAUUGAUUUAAGGAAGCUUAAUAUGGGGGCAGCUUUUGCUCAAGGAGCUUUUGGGAAACUUUACAGAGGAACUUACAAUGGUGAAGAAGUUGCCAUCAAGAUUUUGGAGAGGCCAGAAAAUGACCGAGAAAGGGCAAAGUUGAUGGAGCAACAAUUUCAGCAAGAAGUUAUGAUGCUAGCCACGCUAAAACAUCCCAACAUUGUUGGUUUUGUUGGUGCUUGUCGGAAACCAAUGGUAUGGUGCAUAGUGACAGAAUAUGCAAAAGGAGGUUCAAUGCGUCAGUUUCUAAUGAGGCGACAUAACAGGGCAGUGCCACUGAAAUUGGCAGUCAAGCAGGCCUUGGAUGUUGCAAGAGGAAUGGAGUAUGUUCAUGGGCUUGGUUUGAUUCAUAGGGAUUUAAAGUCUGACAAUCUUUUGAUUUUUGGAGAUAAAUCCAUAAAGAUUGCAGAUUUUGGGGUUGCUCGCAUUGAGGUGCAGACUGAAGGAAUGACACCAGAGACAGGGACAUAUCGCUGGAUGGCACCGGAGAUGAUACAGCACAGGCCUUACACACAAAAAGUAGAUGUCUAUAGUUUUGGGAUUGUUUUAUGGGAACUCAUCACAGGAAUGCUUCCAUUCCAGAAUAUGACAGCUGUGCAGGCUGCAUUCGCUGUGGUGAACAAGGGUGUCCGUCCUGUCAUUCCCAAUGAUUGCUUACCUGUUCUGAGUGAGAUUAUGACACGUUGCUGGGAUGCCAAUCCUGAUGUUAGGCCACCUUUCAUUGAAGUUGUGAAAAUGCUUGAGAAUGCAGAGACAGAGAUCUUGACCACUGUCCGGAAAGCUCGAUUCAGAUGUUGCAUGGCCUUACCAAUGACAGUGGACUGAUUUCCAAAAGAGGAAAGAAAUAUAAUAAUAGGACAUAAGAACAGAGAGAGAGAAGAAGAAAAUGGAAAAGAAACAGGAGGCUGGAGGAGGUGAGUGGUGAUGUCCUUUAGCGUUUCUGUAUUUAUGAGGUUUAAUUUCUUUCUUAAAAGUAGAGAAGCAAAAGAUAUGAUAAGAAGUUGUAGUUCCUUCUCCCUUUUCCUCAUCUUCUUUUGUCUCUGCAGAAUAUCUCUCAUUGUUUCUCUCCUUUUCUUCAAGAUUCAUCAUAGUUUAUGCAAGUUAUUGAUUUGUACUU